AUGGCAGCCACCAUGUAUCUGGAGUUGAAGAAGGCCUUCACAGGCUGCCUCCAAGCCAAAGACACUCAACAGAAAGUGAGGCUUGCAGGCAAACAGACUGAGCAGCUAAACAGAACGAAAAGGCAUGCGUACCUUGCAGACACAGAUAUUAUGACACUGAUAGAGGAGACUGAUAUGUAUGAAGACCUAGGAAGAAUGUUUAUUCUACAAUCCAAGGACCUAACUCACAACCACCUGUUAGAAAAACAAGAAACAGCCCAAGAAAACAUUAAGGAGCUGGAGCAGAAAAGGUCCUAUCUGGAUGGGAGUAUAAGGGUGCUGAGAACAACAUCUGAGAGAUACGGAUGCCGUGAAGGCACAGUGGGAGCUUCUGACAACAUGCUCCCCUCCUGA